GCUGCUUUCUGUCUCACUGUGCCGAUAUGUUUUUUUUUACGCGUGGAGUUCAUCAAAUUCACAAAAUGUACAGAGGACUGCUAUUUAUAAUUGUGAUAUACAGUGUGAGCGGUUUCAACAUUCAAAAAACUCCCUUGAAGCAUUUCACAAAUGACGAUCCACUCUUUGGUCAAACUGUUAUUCAAUCAACAGAUGGAGUUUUUGUUCCUUCACCAAAACAUGGAAAACUUUUUAGAUGCACUCUAGAGCAUGAAUGCGUCGAAAUAAAUUCUGAUGAUAAAAAGCCUAAAGGCCUGAGACCAGUAGCAUCAGUAUCUAGUCUGACAUCAGAAGAGGAACAUGUUAUGAUGUGUAAUCAAAUUCGCGUAAAGGAGUCAGUAACUGAGGAUUUGAACGGAGAUUGCAAACUGAUGAACCCCACUGCAAAAGUCAUUCAAAAACUGAAUCCUGUUGCAUUAGUCAACAACAACAACAACAACAACAACAACAACAACAAUCAUUAUCAAGGUCGAUGGAUUGGUCAAGAUCAAUGGAGGAUGAGAAGAGAUGCCCAGUCAGACAGUGACACAAAAGACUAUGAUGAUUCUGGGACAGAGAUUGCUUUUGUGCUGGACGGCUCUGGUAGCAUUCAACCUGAUGACUUUCAGAGAGCCAAAGACUUCAUCUACAAUGUCAUGUCCAAUGUUUGGAAAGCAUGUUUCAAUUGUGACUUUGCGAUUGUGCAAUAUGGUCUGGAGAUCAGGACAGAGCUCUCACUGCUAGACAGUAAGGACCAUGCCAGAGCUUUGCUAAAGGUCAAAGAAAUACAGCAACUUCUCAAGCUCACAAAGACCGCCUCAGCCAUCCAUCAUGUCCUCACAGAUAUUUUCAUCUCUGAGAAUGGAUCAAAAAGGAACUCCAAAAAAACAAUAAUUGUAUUGUCUGAUGGGAAAAUGUUGGGAGAUCCAAUGAAUCUUACAGAUGUUUUGAACAUGCCACAAAUGAAAGGUGUCACUUGCUAUUCCAUAGGAGUUGGUGGCGGCAUUCUGAAUGAUACUGAAGCAAUACAAGAGAUGAAGGAAAUAGCAGAUCCUGAGAAGUUUUACAAGGUUUCCAAUUAUGCCGCAUUAGAUGACAUUCUGUCAUCACUGCAACAAAAUUUAACAGGAAUUGAAGACAAUCAGCAAGGUGCAGGAUUUCAGUUCCAGCUCGCUGAAGCUGGCUUCAGCUCCCAUCUCAUGCAGGACAAUUCUGUUCUUUUUGGAGCAGUUGGAGCCUUUGGCUGGAGUGGUGGAGUAAUUUUGCAAUCUGAUAAAACCGUGAAAUUCUUGAAUGACUCUAACAAUGGACCCAAAUUUUCCUAUUUAGGUUACAGUGUCACUUCUGCUAAAGUAAAACCAAGUAAAACACUCUACAUCUCUGGUGCACCACGGUAUAACUUGACUGGUGGUGUAUUUAUUUUCAAUGGCUCUGAAAAGUAUGUGCUCCAGGGAGAUCAGGUUGGAUCUUACUUUGGAUCAGUUCUUUGUACCUUGGACAUUGAUAGAAAUCAAUACACAGAUUAUCUAUUAGUUGGAGCUCCACAUUUCCAUCAAAAUGGGGAAGAAGGCAAAGUGCUAGUGUACAGGUUGAAUCAGGAGGACAGGUUUGAGAGUGUGGCCAUGGAGCUGCAGGGUGAUGCAGGACAGACCUUUGCGAGGUUUGGCGCAGCCAUUGCAUCGAUAGGAGAUAUUGAUGGGAACAAGUUCACUGAUGUAGCAGUGGGCGCUCCGCUGGAAACAGAUUCCUCUGGAAGCAUUUACAUUUACAAUGGAUUCAUAGAUGGACUUCAGUUUUCACAAAAAAUUUCACCCUCAGAUUUUGGAAUGAAACUUGUCCAAUUUGGUCAGUCAGUAAGUGGUGCACCUGCUACGGCAUCAAAUAAGGCCUCCAUCGCUGUUGGAAGUCAAAGGGGAGUGCUUGUUUUUGAGACUAUCCCUGUUAUUGUUAUCAAACCAGCUAUAACAAUUAAUCCGAACAUCAUUCCUCUUGAUCAACAGUUGAAUGAAAUAUCCAGCAUAAAGUACCACAUAUGCUUUAAUGUGAUUAAUGAAAACCUUCAAAUUGAACUUCCUAUUAAGUACCAAAUUGUCUUGGAUUCUGAUGUAAACAAAAAGCGCCUCACUGUUGAUGGCAGAGAUCUUUUGGAAAACACUUUCACCUUGACACCAGACGUAGGGUGUACACCUUUUAUCAACCUGAAAUAUUUGGGCUGUUUUGACUGUUUUUCACCUAUUAAAAUCAAGCUGAAUUUUUCAUUGGAUCAAAAAAAAGAAGCCCCUAUACGAAUUCUUGAUGCAUUUACUCUAACAGAGGUUGUACAGGAGAUUUCCUUUGAAAAAGAAUGCAAGGCUACAGAUUGUAAACCAAGUAUUACAUUAUCUGAUUCAAAAAUUAGUGAAACUUUGAUCAUAAUCGGAGAAACUCAAAGCUUGAAUAUCAAUAUCAAUCUUACAAACACUGAAGACCCUUCCUAUAUGACCGCCCUGACUUUGACCUUCCCCAGCAUACUCAGUCAGAGGAAAAUAGAAGGUGCCACCUGUCCUGUGAAGAAUGACAAUCAAAUACAGUGUAAUCUUCAACACCCUAUUUUCAAAAGAGACGCACAGACCAACCUUUUCAUCUCAUGGCAGCUCGGUGACACCAAAUCUGAGCUGAAGAAUUCUGAGAUUAUUGCUAAUCUAACCAGUCAGAAUCUUGGCUCUGAAUUUCUGGACUCUAAAAUAUAUGCAUUUGAUGUGAUGUAUUCCCUACCAAUCCAGCUAACUGGCACAGCCAGCCCAAACAGACUCCGUAUUGAAGAGGGUGAAAAAGUAGAGAAUCGAAAGAUGCAGUUUUUAUUUCAGUUUGCAGGUGAAAAUAAGUAUGGCGCUACAAUCAAUGUAGUUGUAAACAUAACAAAGGACACUUUCCAAACUGAUUUGGACAUCAUUAAUGUCAAACCACACGAGGAGUGUGUUUUUCCAAAAAAUACAUUAGUGGAGGGAUUCUAUAUCAUCACAUGUACCAUGACAAAGCUGCAGAAAAUCAUCAUUGAUGCCAAUGUUUUGAUACAUGAUGUUCAGGAAAAAUCAGACAAGAUCACUGCCGUAGGAACAUACAGCUUUGAUGAGAACAUCUAUGCUGUGAAGGAUACUUCGAGAACCAUUCCGGUGGAGGUGAUAAUUACAAAGCUGCGUGUGACGACAUCUAAAGGUCCCAUCAUUGGAGGAUCAAUAGGAGGAUUUCUGCUCCUUUUCAUCAUCAUCAUCAUUCUCAUCAAGUGUGGCUUUUUCCGUCGCCGCCAUAAAGUGGACCAAGCACAGAGUCCAAACUGAAGACCGGCAAAGCCCAGGAGGGACCAUAUAUUACCAUAUUCCUUGAAACAGCUAUUUCCUUGCAUGGAAGUCAUUUGCUCCAGAUUUGAAUAGACACCAAACUCCACAACCAAAAGUCAAAUAUCAAUUUAAGAUGAAUUUUAAGACAGUCAUCCAAAACAUUGUUGAUAUUAUGAUCCAUGAUUUACAGUGAAGCUGAAUUUAAAAUUAUUAGCUUAUUAUGCAAAAUGUUAAAAUGAUUUUUAUUGUUAAAACGGUAUAAACUUUAAAAUAAUGUUAAAUACACACGUUUACCAGCACUAUCAGAACAUAACUAGAAACGAUGCUUGGACAGGAUCAAAACAAGUGUUAGCAAGGCAGUGAUAGAAGUCUAACUUGUCUGUAUAGUAAUGCAGUUACAGUUAAUAAAGAUCUUACAUGACACUGACAGUCACACUGACUAGAAAAAGUCCAAAUUAAAAGGUAAAAAGUCAGUGUUCCGUUUUUAAAGUGGUCACAAUUGACAUUGUCCUCUCAAAGGAAACUCUGUGGUUGGCUGGUUCUCAUGGUGUGGUUCUCAUACAGAUCUGAAAAUAAAUUAGUUGACGAAGGCUAUUGGCUAAAUAUAUUCCGACUGGUCUGAGGCAAUCUUACGCUGACUUUGUGGUGAACAAGAUGUGGUGAACACGGAAAUCUGCAUCUCUUAACUGAAAAGUAACCAAUCUACCCUCAUUUUUCAAAUAGACCUCAAAUCAUUUUUUUUUAUCACCUUUCUCUCUUGAAUACUUGAUUCUGGUAAAGAGAGCUGAUAUAACAAUCUGACAGCACUGCCCUUGACUUUUCACUAUUUAUGUCACUCUGCUUGUCUGUUUGCAUGUUCACGACUGUCAGAGGCCGUUUCUGAAGGCCUUCACAGGGCUUUUCAUACUGCGCUUAAAGGGAUAGUUCACCCGAAAAUGAACAUUACCCCAUGAUUUACCCUCAAG